AUGCGAAGGGAGCUCACCGAUUUCGUCGGUUGCGCCGUCGCCGCACCCUCCGAUGGAAUCUUUCAUCCUGCCACGAUUACAGGCAUAGUGCCAGACGAGGCCGAUGGCGAACUUAUCAGGGUGAGAUUCGACGGUACAUCGGUCGAGCAGUAUUUCAAAAAGACGCAGCUUGUUGGGAAGAAUUUAACCGACGUCAAGGAUGUACGACUUCAACCAGAUCAAAAUGUUUUUCUGACGGUUGAUGAAAAGGAGAUAAUCGGAAUUAUCCGCAAUACAAUUGAUACAGGAGCCUACGUUGUCGCCAUUGAAGGUCGACAAAUCACAGUGGAAAGAGAUCAGAUCAGGCUGCUGAAAGAUACGAUGGGCAUUCGAAAUCGAACUCAGUCAGACGCAGCACGCAGACGCCCGUCUAGUUUUGCAUCGACAGCAUCGUCCGAGCAUAGAUCAAAGGACGAGUUCGACGUUGCUCGCACACUCGUGAGUCUAAGAACCGACAUUAUUGAUUUCGAAGACAUGGAGCGGGAGAGAAACUACGAAGUCAAUGAGCGGGAGAAAAAGCUAGCCCAGCUCUCGCGCGACCGUAAUUCCGUGAUUUGUGAGAAUCCGUCGAGCUCGCUGUCAGCCUCGAGCUCAAGCUAUGAGGCUCCAGCGAAUCCUCACAUGGAUGAUAGUGACAUUGAUAGUGACAUCGAUGUCGAGCGAAUCGACGACGAUCCUCUAGCUGAAAUUGAUAAUGCCUGCGACGAUAUGGAGAUCGAUCAGGCACACUCUCCGAAGCAGCAUGUCAGCGGUGGCAGAAGUCCAACUGUAACCGACAGUAUGUCCGGAAUUUCUGGAUUUUCCCGAUCGGUGCCAAUCGUUCCGAGCCAUUCCGGUUGGGGAACUUCUCCACAAAUCAUCGGUGGAAUUAAGUGUCUCCGGAUCACAGGCACACCUUCCGGCACCCCGAUCUCCAGUAAUUCUCCAAAAGGAAACUUAUCCGCUCAUUCUGUACCGAUUCCAGUUGGGACACCCGUCUUUACCGCGUCUGGUUUACUCAUUGGGUCGCCAAAUACAGUACCAUCAAUUUCGAUCGACUCACAAGCAAGGUUCAUCCAGCAACAAGUAAAUCAGUAUCACCUCUCUCCAAACCAGUUCGCCUUUUCGACGGGUCCCGCCUCCCCGACAAGCUCUGCUCAGACAUCUAUGUCGUUGCCUAGCCGCGGUGCCGAGACGAUUGCUCCUCCGCCGCAAUUCCGAAGCACUGGCGUCGCGCAGAGGAUCGGCGAUAGAGGCGUUACAAAGCGUCCGGGUGAUGGAAAAAAAUGUCGCAAAAUAUACGGUGUGGAGAACAGACACAAAUGGUGCUCCCAGUGUCGCUGGAAAAAAGCCUGUCAAGCCUUUACUGACUAA